AAGAUGAUGAUUUUACGUUUUGGUUUUGUAUUGGUUUGUUACACCCACACAGAGUCUCGCCGCUUCUGGAAUUGAGUAGGGUGGUGGUGGAGAAUGGAGAUGGACAAGAGUCCCACAAAGCUGGAUUACUAUGAUGACAUGUGGAACCUUCAUUCUACUGCCACACUUGUCUCUCACUUCAAAGGAGAUGAUGGGAGGCAUGUUUUGAUUUUGGAUCGGACUAUUUUCUAUCCACAAGGUGGUGGUCAGCCGGCAGACACUGGAUUCUUAAUCAUUCAUGAUUCCAAUAUCAAGUUUGUUGUCCAUGAUGUUCGAUCAAAAGAUGGAAUUGUUUUACACUAUGGUGUUUUUGAGGGUAUGGGAGGGGAGUUUGAGGGCACACUAGAGAAAGGGAAGGAGGUCUCACUAUCUGUUGAUGAAGACAGGAGAAAAUUAAAUUCCAGGUUGCACUCAGCAGGGCAUUUGCUAGAUAUUUGUCUGCCAAAAAUUGGAUUGGGUCAUUUAGAGCCUGGAAAAGCUUACCACUUUUCUGAUGGGCCUUGGGUUGAAUAUAAAGGUGUAGUUCCACAAAAUGAAAUGCAGAAUAAGCAAAAGGAGUUAGAGAUAGAGGCUAAUGCUUUAAUUUCCAUGGGAGGAAAAGUUUCUGCUGAUAUAUUACUGUAUGAUGAAGCUGCUAAGCUUUGUGGUGGUAUUCUUCCUGAUUAUGUUCCUAAGGAAAGCACACCUCGCAUUGUUCAGAUUGGGGAUAAUCCUGGCUGUCCCUGCGGCGGUACCCAUGUUUUAGAUGUUUCAGACAUCACAAAAAUUAAGGUUUCUCAAAUUCGGUCAAAGAAGGGAAUGACAAAAGUAUUUUACAAUGUUGAAUCUUAGUUAAAUGGACGAGUCUGCUGUCAAGGAACUGUUGUUUCAGAUCCAUGGCGAUGUCUGCUCUUGGAUAACAAGCUAAAUUUGAAUAGUAUCAGUAGUCACUUAAGAACAACUAGCUUUUUAUAUCAAUUUAUGGUUUUCAUACCACCACAAAACAGUGGAUGUUAUAUCUUUUUCAUAGCCAAACUUUGUAAGGUUUGUAUGGAUGAUGAAUUUGAGAACAAUUAUAUGAUAGUUUGUGUGUGAUAAGAGUGACACACACAUAUACAGCAUAUAUAGAGAUAUUCUUUACAUGCUA